ACGAUGCUGAGAUCUGAUCCUGCAUAUUCCACCAUCAGGAAUAUACACUUGCAAUUUGAAAAAACUCCAUGUGAGAAAACACAUGCUUGCCCAAGAUGUGAUUGGCUGCAGCGUUCGAAGAAGGGGAGCCCGAAUCAACAUGUGCCGCUUUAGUUUGAAUUUGAAAUUUCAGUGCCACUCGGUCGUUCUUGUGGGAGGACAAGGGCUUGUAUGGGGCUUAAAAGAUAACUCGCCAUCGAAUUUAAAAUGACGGACGACAACUUAAACACAGAAAAUCUUGAAUUUCAUUUGGUCACAAUCUUGGAGAAACUCGAAGUGCUUCGGCGAGAAAAAAUCAGUGAGAAUGGGCAGAAAAAAGCUCCGAUGCGAGUGGAGCUCAGAACGUUCGAAUUUUGGAAAGCGCUAAUUUCCGAAUCAAUUGCUAGUUUUGUGUAUACUUUUUUGGUUUGUGGUGCGAAUGCCGCGUCCAGAAUGGGCAACACAUCCGCGGCUAAUGUCUUCUUAUUCACUGCCAUCACUUCAGGGUUUGUGAUGAUGUUUUUGACUCAGUUUUUCGCUCACGUCUCUGGAGCUCACGUUAAUCCAGCCGUUACCAUAGCGAUGGGGCUGAUUAAGAGGAUAUCGCUUUUAAGGACUUGCAUGUUCAUGAUAUCCCAAUGCGGAGGCGCAAUUGCUGGAGCUGCAUUUCUAUAUGGGGUAACGGUGCCGGGUUAUCACGGAUAUCAAGAAAAUUUAUCGUCAGCAGUUGGACAUCCGUCCAAUAUCUUCACAUCCUGGGAACGCUUUGGAAUUGAACUAACGUUAACGUUUCUGGUUGUGUUCUCAUACUUAAUAUCAAUGGACACUUAUCGGAAGUAUAUCGGAACAAGCGCAAUUACGAUAGGCGCUACUUAUUGCGCCUGCUCCCUUGUCUUUAUGCCUUACCUAAACCCAGCCCGUGCUCUUGGUCCGGCGUUCGUGCUGAACAAGUGGGAAGCCCAUUGGGUGGAUUGGCUGGGCCCCCUGCUUGGGGGCUUGAUUGCUGGACUUGUAUAUGAGUAUAUCUUCAACCCGCACAAGCCCAAGGCUCCGAAGAAAGAGCACGAAGAAGAAGCGUCGAGUAUUCCAUCGGACGAUGAGUUGAACUACGACGAUCUGGACAAACCGCAAGCUCCAAAAUUUCACGGGUCUACAUACAACACUUAUAGGUCUACUACUGGAAUUGAAGCCAGAGCAAAUUAUUGUCCGAGCUUGUACUCGGCUCCACCUGCCCGGCUAGAGCGGGUCGAGUCUAUUUACGGUGGAACAAAAUCGCUCUGCAGAAGUCCACCGUUAACUAGAGCCAAUUUGAAUAGAUCGCAAUCCGUAUAUACCAAGUCGAACACUGCAAUCAACAGAGAAUUGUUGCCUAAGCCUGGACCUUUGGUGCCCGCCCAGUCUCUCUACCCGAUGCGUUUGAACCAGCAGAGUCAUAUACAGAAUCAAAAUGUGCAUAAUCAGUUGCAACAGCGAUCUGAGCAAAUUUAUGGCGUCAGAGGGGUGACUCCUGGAACAGCGGCUAGUAGACCGGAUAACUACGUGAUCAAUGACAGACCUCAGCCCAGGGACAAUUAUGCUUCUACCGAGCGUGCAAGGCGAGACAAUUACGCUUCCACUGAAAACCCGUAUGUUGCCAGAACAAAUCCACCCUCCAGCUCGGACAGCAGUGAAAAUAAUCCUCCUCCCGCAAGAACAAGACGCCCAGAAUCGUUUUAUGCCUCGUUGGGAUCGCAAGCCAGAAAUUUGCAAUCCAAACAGCCUACAGCCACAUAUCCUGAGAACAGGACAGUGGUCGGAGCUUCUGCCCAAACCCGACCGCCUCCAAGCAACCAACCCAUUAGCAAUGGCGCUAAUGGGGCUCCUGCCACAACCUAUCAUCAUCAACACUCUCCAAACCCGCAGUAUUAAUUUAAAAUUUCACCCGUUGGACAUCUGCGGCUUUACUUCUUGACGGAUUUGUAUUAUAUCUCUCAACUCGAUACUGUCACUGUAACGACUGUUGUAAAUAGAAAAUUAUAUAUUUUGAAUUUUGUGUAACAUAAAAUGUAUAUUACGUUGUUGGAUGUAGACACUUUUUACAUCUUUGUAAUAAUCUUUUUUGUUUCACCAU